UCCCACUUGACAGUAUGUCAAAUAAUGUUUUGCCUUGCCGUUCUUAUGAAAAAAGCAUUAUUUUACACGAUUAGAUCGAUCGAACCGACGAUGUUCCGUUGAAAAUAUGUUCCUAUCGUGCUGUGCUUCGUCGAUUCGUCCUGAACGAUCGCCGACGACUUCGAGGCCUCGUUUUGCAGUUUGAGGUUAAAAAUAGUGGAGUGUAUAUUGUUUACGAUGAGUUCGCCCAAGCAAAACAAGUCCGCGUUGGGGCAUUUGUUGACGGUCGGUGGUGGAGGCGGCGUUAACAGUCCAAGAUUUGUGCCUCCCGUGCUCAAGGAAGUUGGGAAGUUGGCCGCGGGGGUCGCAUCGGUCAGCACCUCUGGAUCCGCAACAGGAAACCCUAGAAACAAAUGUGUUCUCAAACCGGGGCAUUCCCACAUAGACUGGGUCCGGUUAUCCAAUUCCAAAGAUCUCUCCGGUCUUGGAGAUAAGGCAGGUACAUUGGAGGUGACGCUCGAGGAACUGGCCAAACAUAACAAGAUCACAGACGGUUGGCUGGCCAUAAACGGAAGAGUUUACAACGUGACUUCCUAUUUUCCCUUCCAUCCCGGCGGCGUUGACGAAUUGAAGAGGGGACUCGGCAUAGACGCCACAAAAUUAUUUUUCGAGGUGCACAACUGGGUCAACUGCCACAGCCUCCUCAAAAAAUGCCACGUUGGACGUCUGGUGCCCAGUCAACACCUAGAACCCUUGGUCACACGCCCUACCAAGGACGAGGACGAACCAAAGCCGCAUGAAGUGGCGCCACCGUCGCGAGUACAAGAAGAUGGCGUCGAGGACAAAGAGGAGAGGGUACCGCCGACGGCGAAUCAGCCGAUAGACAUCAAGCGAGAAGUCGGCGAGGUCCCUAUCGUACUUCCGGUGGAGUCCAUACCAAUCCACUCCUUCCGAAUCACCAACGACGAUCCGGAUCUGGAGAUCUCGACCACCACGCACUUCACCAAGCCGCCCGUGGUAUCGCCCAAUGCCAUGCCCAGGUUUGAUUGGUCACAGAAGACCCCAUCCAUCGCCAUCAGCUUCACCCUGAGGCCGUUCCUCAAUCCGCUGGUGGAGGCCUGGAAGGAGGGCAAGACGGUCACGGUGGUGCUGCGCUACGACCGGGAGGACAAGACGUUCGUGAACGAGGUGCUGUUCGAGCACGACAUCGUGUGGCCGGGCGCCCUGAGGGUCAUGGAGGAGGACGGCAAGGUCGAGCUGUCCUUCAAGAAGGUCGAGCACGCGCUGUGGCGGAAUUACGGGGUGCUGAAGCAGACGAGCAAGACGGGCGAGUCGCUGGCGCGGCAGCAGAAGACUGCCUACGCGCUGUUCAACAAGAUGGAGCUGGCCAAGGACGUUUUCUUGAUCGAGCUGAGGAGGAAGAGUCGCGCCACGAUGUAUCCGCCGAUCGGGUAUCACGUCAGGGUGUUCACGGGACCCGAUGACGAGGAUGUAUCGAGGAGCUACACUCCUGUGCCGAAGCCGAGGGUGAUGUUUCCGAAACCCUUCAACUUUUUACAGGGCGGCACCGACAUCUACCUGGUGGUGAAGAGAUACGAGACGGGGAGGAUGAGCAGGUACAUUUGCGACUCUGAAGUGGGUACGGAGCUUUAUCUGUCUAGGCCGCUGUCGGGAGGUUUCGACCCCAUCCGGAUACACGACAAGUGCAGGUUCCUGAUGCUCGCCGCCGGCACUGGACUGACGCCCAUGCUGUCCCUGAUGGUGUUCGUGUUACACAGGAGGAUCAGAAGAUGUCGAAAACUGGGACUUCUGAUAUGCAACAAAACCGCCCAGAGCGUCCCAUUCCUGUGCGAGUUCAACGAAUUGGCCGAAUCGAUGAAACCGAUAUUCCCCACCGACGAGGACAGGUUGUACCUGAGGCACGUGCUGAGCGAGCCGAGCGAGUGCGAACCGGUCGGGGAAUACCUGAAGGGGCCCCUGACCAAAGAGAUCAUCGCCGGAGCGAUCGACGCCAUCUGCAGGGUGAAGGGGGCCAGGGAGGAGGAAUUUUUCGUGUUCGUGUGCGGCCCCGCGUCCUUCAACGAGCUGUGCAACCGGUGCCUGAAGGAACUGUCCGUGGCCGAGGACCAAAUUCACGUUUUCGACGGUUAGAGUGUGGGCCGGAUCGCGGUCCGUUCAACUUACACAGGGUUCAUUGUCCAAUCACGUCUUUCAGAGAGCCGUGUCGUCAGAAAUAUGGGAGGAGAGGGGUGGGGUUCCCCAGGGGAUCCGUCCCGGUCCGGCGAUUUUCUUGUGUUGACGCGAUUCCUACUACGAGUUUUGACGACAUGAUUCGGGCCUGUUAGAGGCUUCAACGGCACUUUAUAAUUGCGAAUUUUAUUGAUGUAAUCGGAAAAGGUAAGUGGAGAAGCUGUUUUAGCGAAGUCGAUUUUCGCGGAGAUCUAUUGUACAAUGUGGAAUAUAAUUUUUUCACUGA